CUUUCACCUGGGCGGCGGCGACGCUGCAUCAGAUCGCCGGCAACAUCUACUGCUGCGCCGCCGGCCGGUCGCCGGCGAGCAGACCCCUCCGCCGUCUGCUGCUGCAGGUCAACAAUGGCCAGCAACUCGAACGCGGGCAGUGGUGCUGGUGGUGGAGAACAAAGUGCAGUCCAGAUGUUGAAUGUUGUUCGUGUGAUUCCUCCAAAUGAUGAUCCGAAGUGGCCGCUAUGGAGGUAUGUGCAGAAAGUUGCCAAGACCGGAGGAGGGCAAGGGGGCAAUGCAAAGAUCAUAUGUAGGCUUUGUAACCGUGAUAUUAGUGGGAGCUACUCAAGAGUGAAAUCACAUCUUUUGAAGUUAGGUGGAGGUGGAGUGAAGCCUUGUCCGAAAGUUACUAUUGAUGUUUUAAUUCAGCUCAAAGGUGAACAAGACAGGGCUGAUGCAAGUAGCAACAUGCCUAACAACAUUCCCCUUCCCACUGAUGGGAAUGGUAGUACGAGGAAGAGAAAGGCAUCAGCUAUUGAAGAAAGCUUCGAUGUUGAUUCUCGCAGCAAGUUGGAUGCUUUGAUUGCAAGAAUGUUCUAUACUGCAGGUCUGCCUUUUAAUCUUGCUAGAAACCCGUGGUUUAGGCAAGCUUUCAUGUUUGCCGCCAACGGUAAGUUAGCUGGCUAUGUCCCUCCAAGCUAUAACAAGAUCAGAACCAGCCUUCUUGUGCAAGAGAAGACACAUGUUGAACGAAUGUUGCAGCCAAUCAAGUCAACAUGGAGCAGCAAAGGUGUGAGUAUUGUGUCAGAUGGAUGGUCUGAUCCUCAAAGAAGGCCUCUCUUAAAUUUUAUGGCUGUAACAGAAGAUGGACCCAUGUUUUUAAGAGAAAUCAACACCGUGGGAGAUACAAAGAGCAAGGAGUAUAUCUUUCAGAAGCUAGUAGAAACCAUUGAUUUUAUUGGAGCAGGGAAUGUUGUGCAAGUGGUCACUGAUAAUGCAUCAAACUGCAGAGGAGCAGGGCUGAUGGUGGAGCAGAAGUACCCUCAUAUUUUCUGGACUCCAUGUGUCGUCCAUACUUUGAACCUUGCGCUGAAGAGCAUAUUUGCAGCCAUGAAUGAGGAAGACCCCGAGUACGAACACUGCAACUGGAUCAGCGAGGUUUCAUCGGAUGCGCAGCAAAUCCGGAACUUCAUAAUGAACCACUCCAUGAGGUUGUCUAUGUUCAAUGAUUUUAGCAAGCUGAAACUUCUAGCUAUUGCUGAAACAAGAUUUGCCUCUCAGAUUGUUAUGCUGAAAAGGUUCCGUGAGAUCAAAGAAGCUCUUAGCUGAUACAGAUAAGCCAUGCCUCCAUUUGAUGUAUGAGAUGUGGGAUAGCAUGAUUGAG